ACUACUAUUUCUUUUUCUUUCCUUCUGUUUUUUCUUCUUUAUCAUCAUCUUUACUUAUCACAAAAAUGUUAAAAAAGCAAAUACGCACGUUAAUUGUCUAUUCGGCGCGAGAGCGAUGCGAGUCCCCAUUUUGUGAGAUCUGUUGAACACAAAGUCGUAUCUAAGAUGGAUCUUACGAAUUAUGGAUUAUUUCGCUUUCACGACGAAUUCCUCGAUUACGGCAGUGGAGUAAUAUUGUGACGUAAAAAAAAAAUGAAUUGUAUUUUCGACAACAACGAAAUGCCAUGUGCCACAUCCCACGUUUUCCCUUUUAAAGAGAGAGAGAGAAAGAGAAAAACGAGAGAAUGGGAGAGAGUGAGAGUGAGAGUGAAAGAAAUCCCACUCCUAUCACGCCAGUAGACCGUUUCCACGCGCUGUCCCUCAGCCUCUGCACCAGUCCUUUUGGAGGAGACGCGAUCGCGGACAAGGUGGCGCUUCACGCUGCAGCUGGACUCGAUUCGCGAUCCUCUCGACUAAAGUAGGGUUCUCGAGUUAGUCGAAGGGUGAUAAAUUCAUAGUUCGACCUCUUAUAUUUAAGAUUACCUCGAGUAUGAUUUCUUAAGUUGCUGUAUGGCUGUUUAAUUGGCUUCUUGGCAUCUUAAGAUCACUGAAGACUACUUGAGACCGUCUUAAAUAUAAGAUUAGAUUGUGAGUAUCGCUCUAAGAGAGCGAACAGUCCUUCUCGGGACUGUUCUGUUUUCGCAAUGCUCGAAGCUUCUUAAUUUUUCUUUCCCGCGAUAACCAAACUAACUCUCGAGGUAAGAGGGCUCGCGGUGUCCGGAGUGAUCGAAUACGCAUCUAUGAAUUAAAUCGCGUUAAAAACGCCAACUUCAGAAACAUUAUUCCUCGGUUUUACACUAAUCCAAGAUGGUCUACGUAAGCUCCGAUUUCAUAGAGAAAAUUGAUCCUUGUGGAUCACAUCUUUGUCCGAGUGCGACCUUUUUCAAAAGGUUGGCUUUUUAUCAGAAUCCAUUUCCAGCGUAGAUAUUCAACGAUUUUGUGUCUGAAUCGAGAUGUUUGAGAAUUGAAAACAGUUAUGAAUAAUAGAUUAAAAUGAUUAUAGAAAGAGAGAACGUUGAUCCUAUUGCAUAUUAAAUUGAAAUCAAAGUUAUUAAUGAACAAUUUCAAGAUAUAUAUAUAUUCUUCAUUUUAUUUUUUUAAUCAUUUUUAUUUUGAGGUUUAGACCGAUUAUAUAUAUGAGAUGCGUUCUCGAUCGCUCCGUGUAAGAUAAAAAUGUAGCGUAAUUCUUUUGUCCCCGGGGCGGUAAGUUAAAUCCCUGUGGUUCGUUCAGGGUGUUAUUGACGACGGAGAAUAGUCUCGGUACGAUACACGUUUUGUCGAAGCAGAAUCAAGAGAGCCGGAAUCAAGAGAGCAUAGAUUGAUUCGAAAAAUUUGGCCACUCUCACGACACACACGUUUACAGUUUAGAACAUUUGCUAGCCGCAGUGUGAAGAUUCGCUCGCCUCAGGUUAGUCUGUCGCAAAUUUUAUUUUGUUAACACUCUACGGUCAAGUCGAUGUACUCCAGCGACACGGCGAGGAAAACAGGCAAUUUAUAAUAACAGCAACAAUCGAUUGGCAACAAACUAGGAAAAUUACGAACGAUCGAUUUGUGUAGAAUAAAAAAAAAAGACUUUCCCCGGAAGAUGUUCUUGAGCGUUUCUUUACUUUUCACUUUGAUAUCUCGCCAACUAAUUAUUUGUAAAUUUGCAAAAUUCGAAACCGGCGAAUUUUUACUUUUGCAAAUCAACCGACUGGAUUUUAACAUUUAUAACAUUUAUAGAGGUUGUUGGUGAGAUUUCAACUUGGAAAUGAAAGAAGAAUACUCGAAUUUGGAGAUGUCCAAUUUAAAUUUAUAAACAUAAAUAUAAAUAUGUUAUUAUAUCGCGAUUAAUUGAAAAAAAUUCAAUUUUCACGAAUUUUUUUGUGCGAUCUCAAAAUGCACGAUCACUCGAACGCCGGGUCGACAAUGAGAGUAAUCGGCUCGGCUCAAGAAAAAAAAGCCCCUUUUCCCUUGCAAGGAACAUGUCGGCGACGCAUGAGUGAGUGGUAAGUACGGAGGGUGCUCACGGAAUCGAACACCAGCUCUCUACACUCGACUCACGCCGUUUUCUUCACUCUUCCUUUACCACGUCACCGGGUUGCCGCCGAUCGUAGAGCGGAUUCUCUUUAUCGUUGCGAUUGAAUCUAUAUGAAGGUGUUUCAUACUCGGCCCGUUCUUUAUAGCCAUGCUACAUCGGUUUUCUGAGGAUUUCAGCGAAAGUAGCACCUUCGGGUGCUGUGCACCCUCGAGUUAGCUCUACGAUCGGAAACGCUCGACUUCUUCGUCCUCUCCACAGCAAACCGCGGACUUUCUUACCUUAUCCCCUAUUGUUCUAUCUUCUAACUGGCAUUCUUCCCCGUUCUCUUCUAUCUUUCGUCCAACUUAACAUUUUACCUUCUACGCUCUUCAGGGUGUCUAUUGACUACGGUGAUUACGGAUUGUUCCUUUUACGUGUUUCCUAAUUUCGAUCGUCGAGCUCGCCCAUUAGGAAUUCUUCAUAGAGGGACUCCGCUUCUAAAGAAAGAGAGUCUAUCCCUAGGUGGAAUCAUUCUUGACGAGAGUUAGAACUAGAAGGGGUGAAGUUAGAACAAUGAAGGGGUCAGAACGUCGAUUCCGAAUUAAAUAGACGAAUUAACGUAAUCCACCGCUGCGUCAUCGUCAUCAAACGUUGCGAAGUACGGCGGAGCGUGGUGUCAUUUUCUGUCGUAUCCGCCUCAGUAGGCACCCUGCGCUAGUUAUCUAUUCUUUCGACUCGACUCUCAACCAUCGCUGUCAUCAUCAUUAUCACUAUUAUUCACCACCAUCACAGUCACCACCGUCACCACCCGGUACCAACACCUCCUCGACAAAUAAAAGAAAUACGAAACAGCAUUGAAAGCGCGCCGUACAACACGUGUACGUACCUAAUCUACGCAUCGUUAUUAUAAUCCUUUAUUUUUCAGGGAUUGUCCCUCCGAAUUCGCUCAUCGCGCGAAUACCGCCUUCUCUCUUGCGGAACGUGUACAAACCGUCUACCGUGUAUUUCGCGUGUCGCUUCGCGAGCCGGCAAGAUGGAUCAUCGAUGACCGCUUGAGAGCCCAAGAGAAAAAUGAUGAAAAAUGAUUUUUUUCUCAAGUGCCUGAAUAGAUACGCGCGUUCGGCAACGGCGGAAAUGAAACUUUCUGAGAUAGGAGUUGUGGAAAGAUUGCUGUCUAGAGCUGUCGAGUUACGUAAUAUUAAAAAACCAUGAUAUUACGUAAGUGGCUGUUAAGUGGUUAUCCUUGAUCAAUCGCGUAUUAUCAUAGAAGACGUCUCGUAAUCGGAAAUAUUCCUUCUCUUUGGAUAAUUGUGUUAUUCGGGCGAGAUUGGCAAAGCUGCAAGAAGCUCACGAGACAAGAAAAUUUCGAACGUCAAAAAACGUUGCCCCUCAGUUCCUCGCGAAAGAAUAAGGGAGAAGCGCACAUUCUCGCGGCUUGGUGGUUCGGCGGGACAAUCUAACGGCAGAAUUGGACAUGUAGAAGUUCUGUUAUUUAUUGAGUGUCAUAUUAUCGACUGUUCCGAAUAAAGACGUUCUGUGGAAAGUUCGACAGUUUGGGCAUAGUCUGCUGUUCUGGGAUAUGUGUCGCUGUUAGCGAUCAAACACGCGACCUCGACGGAUUACGCGCGGCUUACGUGUAGUGAUAACGCGCGCCGCAACUCGCGUUACGCAAUUAUUUCACGAUCACGCAAAUAUCCCAGAAUUGCGGGCGACAGCCACAUAUUGUUUCAACCAAUCACAGCUCUCACCGCUGUUGGACCUUAUCGGUCCCUUGCCUCAAGGCAGGCGAUUGUUUGGACCUACCGUCCUAGAGUCGAGACCACCGAGCUGAUUCUCCCGGUUCUCUCAGAAUCGAUCGAAGGUGGAGAAAGAGCGAUCGGGAUGCGUGAACCUGCGCCACUUCGAGAUUCCAAGCUCUCGAUUACUUUUCGAAUAUCGAGCAGAGAGAAACGAAUCCGGGAGUCUCGCGCGGUGCUCGGCUCCGCGGACGCGUGGCUGGACCGAGAAACAAUAUUAAUCGUAAUAUCGGUUAAUGAGUCGCAGGUAAAUUAACCGAUCGAUCGUUCGGAACGUCGAAACGAGAGAGGUGGAGAGAGAGAGGGAGAGACCGAAGAGGAAGAGACAGAAUGAAUGAAUGAAAGAGAGAGAGAGAGAGAGUGAAUGAGAGAAUGAAAGAGAGAGGAAGGAUUGCAAUUAGCGCAUGUAUCUUAUCGGCGAAUUUUAAUCCUUUCAAGACGGAUCUUUGGUCGCUUGGCUUUUGUAGAGAGAGAAAGAGAGACACGCAUUAUCCCCCGAUUAACACUUUUCCUACGAUUGGCGAAUAUGUGUCGCAUAGAGGUCGUUUGAAAUUAUUUUCGUGGGUAUCGGUAACUCGUCAUGACCAUUAACUAUAGCUGUAUGUGUUAAUACGUUAAUAAUUUAGGCUAUAGAUAGUAUCUCGAGUUGUUUCAAGUCGCCGGUACUUGAAAGUGCCAUCGGUUGGCAGUUUGCCGCGCGAGAACAUCGUUCACAUAUCCGUGUGGCAAAAAUUAUCGCUUCGAAAUAUCACGAGCGAGAGUUAUUCCGAUGAGAUCGCAUGUGCGUUUUUGCGAAGUAAUAAUCUUUGCUUAUGACACAAUGAACGACGUUCUUAAACGACAAACCGAUCGCCGUUUUUAAUCCGCGUUGAUCAAGAAAGAAAAAUAAUUAAUAGCCCUGGUAAAUUUCUCUUGCUAUUUUGUUUCUUCUCUACUACUUUUUUUUUCCUCCAGCCUUUUUUUCGCAUUAUUCCCCCGAAGUGUUGAAAGGGUUAACGAUUGCUGCACGAGGAUGAUGCACAAUUGCAGCGAACCGUGUCAUUGGAUUAAUCGCGAACGUUUUCGGGAUUGUGCCUGCGCUCGGCGUUUUCUCUCUUCCGUUUUUUCCAUCUUUUUUUUUUUCUUUUCUUUCUAGCGACCAAAACCGACCAAAAUUCGCGAAACAAGCGAACAAUUCGUCGCGACUCUCGUUCGACAGUUCGAUCGUUCGUAGAAUGCUUAGCUGGCUCUCUCUCUAUAUAUAUAUAUAUAUGUAUAUAUAUGUAUAUAUGUACAAGAUGUCCCAUUUCUGCCAUAUUAUUUGUUAAUGAUGGAUUCUUUGGUCAAUUUGCAGUUGAAUCUUCUUUACUGGCGAAAGUGUCGGGAACAGCGAUAAUUUUCGAAUUAUAAACGAUUAUAAAAGAAGAACUUCGUGUUAAUUAAAAUGCGAAAAGCAAAUGGACGCUGGAAAAUAUAUUCUUCAGUUAAUUUAAAGUAAAGUUUGCUGCAUAAGACUUUUGAUUCGAGCUCAAUCGCAACGACACGAUGGUAAAAAUUGAACAAUUACAAAAAAAGAAUGGAGAGUCCUCGACAUUUUCGCCGGGGAAAAAUUCAUCGCCAAAUUGUCAGCAAAAAUUUUUUGUUGCAAAAUAAUAUGGUGAAAGUGGUAUAUCUUGUACAUAUAUGCCUACAUACAUAUUUUAUAUAUAUAUAUAUAUGUGUAUACCGGUGCGUUCUGUACUCGUUCGGUACUCGCGCUCACGCGCGGGGACCUUGCCUCUACUUUUAAUAUCCUUGUAUUCCCCGUCCUUACUUUACGCUAAUAAUGUCUUUACACUUGGUGACAGCGGAUGCACGAUUCGCUCGUGGGAAUCGCUUUUGCUCGAGGAACCGGUAACACGGUCCGCUCUUUGUCAUCCUUAAUACUAUCGUUCCGCGGCAUCGGUCCAACCGAGAAUGAAGCGCUCCUUUGCGAAUGACUCUUGGCUCCGAGACGUUCUUCUCGAUGAUCGUCGGUCGCAAUUGAUUCGCGUUCGAGAGCAAAAACCAAUCAAGUAAAAUUAAUCAUGAAUCCUAUUAUUAUUCUAUUAUUUUCUAUUUUUAUUCUUAUAUACACUUUUUAUUAUUAAAUAUUUUUAUAUACACUGUUUAUUAUUAUAUACACUGGUGUUUUCAAGCAUUGUACGCUUACAGCAAGACGCAAAUUUUUUUGAUAAAAUUUAAAUUAAAAGCGUUAAUAUCGGUACAAUAGCUUAAGUAACGGUUACGCAAUGUUAGUGUAGCAAUGUAGAAGAGAGUUAAGAGUUUGAUUUGCUGCAAUUCAUUGUUACAUGACAGAUAUAUAAAAUACGAAAAUGCUUGAAAAUGUGAAAUCUUGUUUUGAGGAUAUAUUUGGAGAAGAGUUAAUAAAUAAAAAGAAUUUAAACAAACUAGUCAUGAAAUAGGAUACAUUAAUACGUUGUAUUCAUUAAUAUGUAUUCAUUAAUAUUUCAUGACACCCCUUUUGGUUUUGAUAACAGUCGGAAUUCUCCCCGAUUGCUGUCAGACUUCGAGUAACAUCAUGACUAAUGUUAUGGUGCCAUGAACAAUCACUUCUUUCAUCUACUUCAGAAUUUCAUAACUCAAGUUAUUGAAUACAUUAACGCGAAUACAUUUUAGCAAACGUUUUGCGUUUUGCAAUAGGCAUGCACUUUAGAACACCAGUGCAUUAUUCUAUCUCGACUUAUGUGAAUCCGUUAUGAAUGCGUCAUAUGCGUGCCUCGGUUUACACAUCGUUUAUUGCCAUUACAAGAUCUUCGUAUAAUUCGUAUAAUAUCGCUUGAUUAUUCAGGACACGACUUUAAUUCGCUCCCUCGAUAAACCCGCCUCGGUUCUUUCACGCUUCGCGAGGCACGCGCGAUUUUCCAGUGAGAAACCCAGCAAACGCGUUUCAUCACGAUAACGAUGUUCAAUUAGGCGUUUAAUGGAACGGCAUUUCGCGACAGCCGUGAAUGCGGUAAGUCUCACUUAAUGAACGCAUAAACGAUGUUUCGGAGCGCGUUCGAUUUUCGGUCGACACAUUUAACUCGUUGGAGGAAAAAAAAGCUCGCGCGGGAAAGCGGCGCGAUCAUGUUCGAGAGAACGAGGAUCGCGCGAGGACGAUCGAGUCGCAGGACGUCGCCUCUCGUUCUUGUUCGCCAAGGAGGUUCUGUUUCCGCGAGGACCGGCCGCGAUUGUACUAGACGUAGCUUCUGUCCUUCUACAUCCUUGUUGUUUUCAGCCGACUGCGUACGAGCAGAACGGAACAGUAAUGUGAUCGAAGACAGAAAGAUAGAGAAAGAGAGAGAGAGUGAGAGAGAGAGAGAGAGAGAGAGAGAGUGAGAGAGUGAGAGAAAAGAAAGAGAAGGAUAACGAAAUAGCGAAGUGACACGAAUGUGUGUACUCGUAUACGGAUUGAUGAAUAAAGAAACGUUUCGAUCGAGAAUAUGCCGAGCGAUCUUACGCGAACGAAGUCAUGGCUGCGAAAAUCCACCAGUCGAUCGAUCGAUCGGCGGGAAGAGGCGCAAAAACGAACGUCCAUCGGAUGUGGAAAAAAUCGGCGAGAAUCAGACUGUGACUUCGUCCGCGACUACGCAUGUCUCAUUUUCUUUUCACCGCACCUGCGGAGCACCGAUUCGAAUUCGAGACGAGUCGUGCCGAGCCUCUAAUUGUAAGGAAAUGCAAAAGGUUUAUUAUACCCGUUAUAUUGUUAUGUGCGAACCGCGUAAUGCGCCGGCGGAUGUAUCGUUACACGGCCUCGCGAUUUAACGAAAUUCCGCCGAGUGCGAAGCGUAACUCUUGCGCGAAGCUCGGGGAAAGAUCGAGCCGAUAACCCGGCUGAUAACUCUGUCCAGAUAAUCUCCGCGAAAGUGGCUCAGACCUGGGGGACUUUCUAUGAAGCGCAGUUUCUCAUCGCUUUCGUUUCAUUUCCCUUCCUUUCUCGACGUAGAGAGAAGAAAAAAAAAAGAGGAAUUUCUGCGAGGAUUACGAGGAUUAAUGGGACGCGGCGCGCAGUGAUUUCACUCAUUGUGUGUGUGUCCGACCGUACCUAAGAUCGUAAUGAAAAUCUUAUUAGAGUUGCGUCACGCAUUCUGCGUCAGCGACUCAUCCGGAUCGUGUGAAGCAUGUCUUCGAGUGAAAAAGAAAAAGCAAUGAGAGGAGAAAUGCGAGUAAGGGACCACCACGACGAUCGGACCGGGCGAGAAGAAGGUGCGAACAGCGGAUUUCGCGGCUGCUCCUCCGCUUCCAGCCGUGAUUGAGCGCAAUUAGAAGCUAAUGUCACAUCGUGAGUCGGCGCCCUAGGAAGAGCGAUCUCUCCGUCGCGAACACUCCCGCGAAUGCCGAUGGCAUAGUUCGAGAGUCAAAUGCCACGCUGAAGCAAUAGCCGAGAGCCGGUAACUCGUAUCGAUUCGCCGGCGAAACGGGGACGUCGAAUUUUCUUCUUUUGUUCCACGAAACAGCGCACAACAGUGCCUGCUGGGCGUACGAUCGUGCACAAAGUACACCGAAGCUGCUUGUUAGAAGGCCAUCCGGCGGUUCUGGGACACCUUGUACGCUCGUAACACCGCGGGAAGAGGUCAACGUUCGCGACAGCAUAAUCGCGUUAUGUUACAUCGACGCGGAACUCGCGAACGAGAUGCGUAGAAACGAGAACGUCGCGGAGAGAGAGGAGCCGAGUUGAAUUUUCAGUUCUUGGUCACGAAAAGGCUGAAAAGAGUAAUUCAGUUGUAACAGCAGGUGCAAAAAUAUAGGUAAGAUAGGUAAGAGUCGCGCUAUAAGUAAUCGUCUACGUCAUCCUUUUAAUUAAAUUGUCGUUGUAUUAAUUUUCGCUCCAUAUGAUCGUUCCUUGCGUUAUUUCCAAUAUUAGCCAGCAUUGUAUCGUUUUAAUGCUUUGUGAAAAGUACGAAAAUAAUCGGAAGUAUGUAAGAAUAAUUUAUAUAAACAUAGUCCCCCAAGAUAUCGCUGGGGCAUGUCGGUAUCAGAAGUUUCUGUUCGAUAGAAGUAGAGCAACGCUGAGCACGGUUAGAAAAAGGAAUGGGUAACUACUACAGGAUCGAAAUCACGGAGGAGUUUAUUACGAGACGGAAAUGUGAAAGAUAAGUGACUUUUUAAACGAAAUAAUCUAACAUUAAAUUGUUGUAUCUCGUUUGUAUCAACGUAAUCUUACUGCGAACAAUAUUUUUUAAUUGCAGUAAUUAAUGUCGAAAUUUAAACCUAUAUUCCUUUUUUUUUUGCACAAUUAUAAUACCACACGUUGAUAUGGGCGAGGACGGUUGACCUUAUUCGAAAAACGAAAGAAAGUUUUAUAAUUCGUUAACUUUGUCUCGUUUUUCGAAUAAGAUCAAAACCGUCCCUGCCUAUAUCGACAUUUGCAUUGUAAUUGCGCAAGAGGAUUUUUAAACUUGCGCAUCCAGUAACGAGUAUAAUACUAACAUUUGCAGUAAAACAGGACGACUCCAGGAUCCCCUUAAGUCUGCGAGUGGAGAAAACGGCAAUAACUUCCCAUUUGCAGCAUCAGAAGAGCACAAUAGUGCUCUUUCGAAGAAGACACUGUAGAACUAACUAGACUUAAUGCAGAACUAACAUUUCGACUCAGGCUGCCCGAAUCAUCCCGGGGGAGGCCCAGAAAGAGCCGCUGCCGGAGGUCUCGCCGACUUCCUACCCAUCCAGCCCGUCCUGUUAAUCGAAAAGACGAAUAUGCGCUGCCGGGCGUCGUCAGUCGUCCUGGCGCUCCUGAUCGCCCUGCUGGAUAGCGCGAUCGGCGACCUGCACGUCGCCUUUCAAUGGAAACAGAUCGACUACGAGUGGCCGGGCAACGACACCAAGAGGCUCUUCCCGGACUACAAGCAGGAGGACAACCUGCCUCUUGGCUUGGAAGUGGCCGACGACCGAAUCUUCAUCACGGUGCCGAGGUGGAGGCAAGGAGUCGCCGCCAGUCUCAAUUACAUCCGUAUCAACGACACCCGCGAGUCGCCACCUCUGAUCCCCUAUCCGUCCUGGGAGGCGCAUCAAUACGGCGCCGCCGGCGUGCCGGAGAUCGUCUCGACGUUCCGUGUGCGCGCCGACCGAUGCAACCGGCUGUGGGUCCUGGACACCGGACUCGCCGACAUCUUGGGUAACCCUGAGCAACAGGUUCCGCCAGCCUUGAUCGUCUACGACCUCACCAACGAUCGUAUGCUGCGCAAACACGUGAUACCGGCCGACCAGCGCACCGCCGACUCCUUGUUCGCGAACAUCGCCGUCGAGGACUACUCCUGCGAGGACUCGUACGCAUAUUUGGGCGACCUUGGCGGCCCGGGGCUCGUGGUGUACUCUUGGAGCCUCCAGCAGUCUUGGCUGGUCAAGCAUCACUCCUUCCAUCCGGACCCGCAGGGUGGAGACUUUAAGGUGUCGGGGAUAACGUUCCAGUGGAACGACGGUUUAUUCGGGAUGGCUCUCGCGCCCACCGGCGACGGAUACAGCACCUUGUACUAUCACCCGCUGUCCAGCGGCAUGGAGUUCUCCGUGAGCACGCGGUUCCUGCGCGACCCGCAGCGCACCAGUACCGCGGAAACCUCCCACGAGUUCCAAACGCUGGGCUCGCGCGGGCCCAACGGCCAGAGCAGCGUCAGCUUCCUGGAUCCGAAAAGCGGAAUUCUCUUCUACGCACUUACGAACAUGAACGCCAUCGCCUGUUGGAGACCGCAGAGCAAGUUUACCGUGCAGCAGCAGGCUUACGUGUACGCGGACAACGUCACCAUGGUUUUCCCCAAUGAUCUGAAGAUCGACCGGAAGGGAAACCUCUGGAUCCUCUCGGACAGGCUGCCGAUCUUCAUGUACUCGCACUUGGACCUGCAGGACUACAAUUUCAGGAUUCUCACGGGCUCUGCCGAAGAACUCGCCAUGGGCACGGUCUGUUCGUCGAUGUCCCCGGUUUACCCUACGACCAUGUAUGAUCACAGAGAUCACUUGAAUCACAUGGAUCACAUGGAUCAUAUGGAUCACACGAAUCACGUAGAUCACGGGAUGCCGCCCAGAGUCGGCGGGACAUUCAAUUCCGCCAGCUCCGUCGAGAUCGGGCCGGUCUUGGUGACGACGACGUUACUGACGUGCCUGAUCGAAAUGCUCGUCUGAAGAGUUUACGUUAAAGUUAUCGGUGUUCUCUAACGUCCCUAAUUUGCCUCCGUCAUUUGUGAGGAGAACGUCGAGUGAGAUAAUCGAUAAACGAUCGAAUAAUAAUUCCUUCGGUAUAGUGAAGUCGUUGCUCUCGCGCCGCCGAGAACAACUCGAAUGGCUUCUCCACGUGUACAGUACAAUUUCUUUUCGCUGAUUAUACGCGUCGUUCCCUCCUUAUCGCGGCGUCUCGGGGUGACAAACGUUUCCUUCCUCCGCCGCGUAUAUAUAUAUAUAUUAUUAUCACUUCUACCUACUCACGUUGGAACUGCCAUUAUAUUUAUGUAUCAGAUAUAUAUAUAAUGUAAUAUAUACUGUGAAAAACG